UGGUGGUGGCUGAAGUGACCCAGCCCUCUCUGGGUGUGGGCUACGAGCUGGGUCGAGUCGUGGACAUGAAGAAGAAGGUGUUGUGUCUGUUUAGACCCUCCUCAGGACGAAGACUGUCUGCCAUGAUUCGAGGAGCUGCAGACGGUAAAUGUUUCAUGGUGAAAGAUUACAACGAGGAGGACGUGGAGAAAGUUCUGGAACAGUUCUUCAGCAGCUUGAGUCGGACCUGAACAGAACCUGAAGAACCAACAUGUGACCAAUCAGAAGGCUCCAUGGACAUCACCUGACAGGCUUUUAUUGUGGAGGGCUGUGGGUCUUUUCUUUCUCACAGGAAGUCUUUGUAACUUUGAACUAAAUAAAACUUUUUUCAGAGUUU